CCUCUAACCAUGUUUAUUUUUAUUGCCAAAACAAAAAUGUCAUAUAUGGGAAAAAAGAUUAAUCUUGAUUGUUUAAUACUAUUUAUCUAAAUCUGAAACAAUUGCACGCUUAUUGAAUAAAUAUUAAUAACACGCUUUAAUAACAUUGGUCAAUCACAUCAAACCGAUGUGACGCGCACGCUGCAGCAAGUUACAAAAUGGCGGGAAACUUGAAUCGACAUACAUAUGCGUAGAUUUAAAAUAAAUUGACACAUAGAUAUAAUUAAAUAUUAAUAGAAUUUCUCUCCAAUGCAUCUCUUGUUUCCUUGUGCGCUUAUGCAUAAUAAUACUUUUAGCGGUGAACUAACCGCGGAGAAAAUACGCUCAUGGUCACGCAAAUGUUAUCGUCGGUUUGUAAUACGAGAUCACGUGAUGCAGUAGUUGCGUUUAUUUAUAGACGCAAGUCUAUCAAGGAAACUUGGCACUCUUGGCAGAAUAAUAUAGUCGCACGUCGCUAUAUACAUGACUAUAGUUUAUCAUAUUUGUGCGUCUUUUCGUGACAGGACCAAGUAUAUUCAUGCAAAAAUAUGCGACAAAAUUCUUUGUAUUCUUUUGGUAUUUCGAAACAGGAAAAGUGCUAGAAAUACAAACUGCGUUACGUUCCGAAACAAGUGCGUUUUUUGCUCUCAAAGACUGUUUAUAAAUUAAGCUUACGUUUAAAGGUUCAACGAUUUCAUUGAAAACGAUACAAGGGAGAUGCAAAUUUGGAAUUAGCCUUCAAUGUUUUGUUCACGAUUCAUACGAACGAUCGAAUGAAAAUUAUGUCGAAGCCCGAUGCACCAAAAUUUGUCAUAGCGCUCUUCUCCUUCAAAGGAAAAAAUAACGACGAAUUAUGUUUUAAAAAAGGAGAUGUAAUAACAAUAACUCAGAUAGAUGACGAAGGUUGGUGGGAAGGUACUUUACAUGACAAGACUGGUUGGUUUCCUUCAAAUUAUGUCAAAGAAUACAGAGUUCCAGAUGGCCACGCAUCAAUUAAAACAUCUCCAGACAGAAGUCCACAGGAAUCACCUGCGUAUCAGAAACUUAAUCGUGAUAUAGUAUUAAAGGAUAUUGUUGAUUCUGAAAGAGUAAAUGUAGCAGAAUUGCAAGGCUUAGUAAAUAAUUUUUUACAGCCUCUUGAAGCAUCAUCUAUAUUAAAAAAAGAUGAAUAUAAGCAGUUACUUGGUAACAUUCAUGAAAUCUUGGAAACUCAUCAAUGUUUGCUGGCAAAUUUAGAAGCAACCAUUUUACAAGGAUUGUCCGCAAGAGUAGGAAAUCUUUUUCUAACUAUUGCAUCAAGGCUAAAAUCGAUUCACAUUGCAUAUUGUAAUAAUCAUCCACAAGCUGUUUGUAUAUUAGAUAGAUACAGAGAUGAAUUAAAUGAAUUUAUGGAACAUAGUGGAGCAAUACCACCUGGCAUAUUGGUAUUAACUACCGGUCUUAGCAAACCGUUCCGAAGAUUGGAUAAAUAUUCUGCUAUGCUUCAAGAAUUAGAAAGGUACACCGAAAAAAAUCAUCCCGACAGGGGCGAUACUCAACGUAGCAUAGCAGUGUAUAGAGAAAUUGCGGAUUAUUGCGCCUUUAUACGCAAACAGCGUGAAUUAGCACUCCAAAUAUUAACUAGCGGAAUCAAAGGUUGGGAAGGUGAAGAGUUGAGCUCAUUGGGCGAGAUUCUUCACGUUGGGUCGGUAACUUUAGCAACUGGCGUAGAUCGUAGAGACAGAUAUUUCGUUUUGUUUCCCACUACGCUAUUGGUGCUCAGUACCAGUCCAAGGAUGAGCUCUUUUAUUUAUGAGGGAAAACUCCCGUUAACUGGUAUUAAUAUAACUGUAAUCGACGAUACAGAUGAAAUAAGAAAUGCUCUGGAAAUUACCGGACCGAUGAUUGAGAGCAUUGUUGUGUUGUGUGCUACGCGAGAGGAUAGACAACGUUGGAUUGAUCUCUUGAUUCAAGAACAAGGCAUUAAUCUUCUGAGAUUACCGACUAUGUCUCGUAUGAACAGCCAGACCAGCAGCCUAAACGGGAAAAAUCAAAGACAGAUAGUGGAGCAUUUUAUGUCUCCAGGGAUUAAGACACCUUGGAGUCUUGCAUCAUUGAGACCUGCACCUCCUAUAUAUUCUACUAAAAAUUUUGGAAAAGUAGAUACCACCACAGAUACAUCGCGCUUACCACGAUCAUGUAAUGAGCGACAGUUUGAAGAAGAUGCGAUUAUAUUGAAAGUAAUAGAAGGUUAUUGUCUUUCCGUCAAUGCUAGAUUUACUGUACAUUCUGGAGAAUCUAAUUCAAUGUUGGAUUGUGAGUCACAAAAAUCACGCGAUAGGAUAUCAUUUACACAUAAUAGAAGCAACUGGGAAUCUUAUAAUGAUAGGACAUUAACAGAAACGGUUAAAACCUUGAAAAAUCAAAUGACAGACUUACAAUCGCAAAUGUCACUACUAACAAAACAAUUAGAUGAAGAAAGAAGAUCGCGACUUUCAUUAGCUGCUACAGUAAAACGUAGUAUGGGAGUUAUAGAUGGAUAAAAGUGGCAAUAACGCUAAAAAUUACAAUCAAGAAAAGUUUUGAAUUCAAGUUUUAAUAACAUUUAUUUUAUAUAUACAUAUGUGCAAAAUAGUAUAAUCGUGAAAAAUGUAUAAUAUAUUUUGUGUUAUUGGAAUGUUUUUAUAAAGUUUACUACAUGUAUGUAUAUGUGAUAAGAUUGAUAUAAUGCAUGAGAAAGUAUAUUUAUGUAUUUUUUUUUAGC